GAUGGUCAAGGCAACUCGCGGCGUCCUCGUAACCUGCGACCCGGCGGUCAAGCAGAUCUUGCUGCAGCUCGACCAGGAGGAACGACCGAGCCAGCGGUUCCUGAUUGCCGACCUGGACGAGACGCACGUCCUGAUUGCGCCCGACGCGGUCGAGCGAGUGCGAGAGAACCUCGAGGAGGUGCUCGAGAAGAACCACUACAACCCUCUGGCUGCCGAGGAGGAGUAGCUCGUCAUCGUCUCUCGUCUCGUCUUGAUCUGUUGUAGCUCUCCCCUCGUCGCGCAAUCGCAGUCGUGCCUGU